GUUUACAGCACUGAGAUGCAAAAGAACAUGUUGAUGUCAGGAGGAAACCAAAGUGACUCAGAAGAAGAUGAUGAUGACUGGAACCAUGAGGGGGACGGAACCGGGGCCUUUACCUUUCUGAAAACCUUCAUUUCAGGUUUGGUAAACAGCUGGGGCUGCCUCCGAACUGUGGGCACCAUGCUGAACGUCCCGGCCCAGUCGUUCCCUGCCUCCGGCUCCCAGCAGAGGGUCGCCUCGUCUGGCGCUGGGAGAAACAAGGUGGUGUUGAAGCCCGGUCACAGCCUGAUGGACUGGAUCCGGUUCGCAAAGAGUGGAAAAGACCUGACUGGACUGAGGGGCCGCUUGAUCGACGUGACCCCAGAAGAACUCGAGAAACACAACCGCAGAGAUGAUUGCUGGACCUGUAUACGAGGCAUGGUGUACAAUGUGACUCCAUACAUCGACUAUCACCCUGGUGGAGAAGAUGAGCUGAUGAAGGCUGCUGGGAUAGAUGGCACUGACCUCUUUGACCAGGUGCAUCGUUGGGUCAACUAUGAGUCCAUGUUAAAGGAGUGUCUGGUUGGCAGGAUGGCACUGAAGACCCCAGCAGCUGUUAAAGGCGUUACUUCUCCACUGACGGGCUUUGCUCCACCCGCUCCAGGAGCUCCUCCGCCAGUCAAAGACUCUCGGCCUCGAUACGACUGGUUCCAAACGGAUGCGGCCGUCCAUUUGGUCAUAUACACCAGAAGAAAGAUUCCCAGCUCUGGCUGUAUGACUGCGGACCUGAAGGCAGGCCUUCUUCGGGUGGAGGUCCUGCUCGGGAAAAUGUCCUACAUGCUAAAUUUGAGUCUGGCUCAUGAAGUUGAUGCAAACAUUUCUGUCAACGCUGCCUCCUCUGUGGGGAAGAUCCAGCUCAGCGUGCGUAAACUGACCAAAGGAAAAUGGGCGACUUUAGGGCAACCUUUGGAACACCACAACACCUUUCUAUGCAAAAAAGACCGAGCUGUCUUCUAUCGAGAUUGUGUGCUGCUGUCAAAGACGGAGGUCAACUAUAACACUCAAGUGUUCAGGCUCCAGUGUCCACAGGGGACCAUUAUGCAUGUUCCUGUUGGAAAACACGUCUACCUCAAAGCCUGCAUUAAAGACACCGAGGUGGUGAGGCCGUACACUCCUGUAGACCAACGCCUGGCUGCAGGUCCGGACCCCCCCUCACAGGAACCUGACCUCUACCUCAUGAUCAAGGUGUAUCCGGACGGUGUCUUCACGCAGCACCUGAACAGCCUGCAGACUGGUGACCAUAUUUCUGUCAGCGGUCCCGAGGGCUCGUUCAGCGUCCGUCUUCUGCGGGAUGUAACGCACCUCUUCCUGUUGGCGGCUGGCACGGGUUUCACGCCCAUGGCUCGACUCAUCCGCUUAUCCCUCCAAGAGAUUGACACCAUCAGAAAAACAAAACUGCUCUUCUUCAACCGGCGGGAAGAAGACAUUUUAUGGCACAAAGACCUGGAUGAGCUGGCAGCUGAGGAUGAACGGUUCCAGGUGGAGUACGUCCUCCAGGAGCCCCCAGCCCUCUGCAGCAACAGCAGAACGGGUGGUGUGGACGAGGCGGUGCUGAGGGAGACCCUGGUCCGACCGCACGGAUCCAGAUGCUUCGUUUGUGUGUGCGGCCCACCAACCUUCACCGAGCUCACAGUCCGGUUGUUGAAGCAGCUGGACUUUAGUGAAGAGGAGCUCCACGCCUUCCAGGGGUGAGCAGGUCUUCAGCCUCAUCCCUGCCAGGACUGUUUGAAUUCCAGGAGGGGAAUCUGAUUGAUCUGCUGUGGAAGAUGCUGAAGAAGGCAGAGAGGAGCAGGCGUGGAAUAAAAAAAAAGCAGCAUUUACUGUUCUCUGCAGAAGAACCAUGUUGAGGACGGUGAGGUUCUGCUGUGAGGCCCAGACGCUCUGCCUCAUGUUAAGGUGGACGGUGAAGUGCCUCCUAAAAGACUUUUCAGUACCAGAAAUGAUUGGUGCUAGACGGUUCUGAAGAAGAGUACAAUGUUCUGCCGGUCUAUUCUGUGAUUGUCACAUGUCAACGCAGAACUAUGAAUAAAACUCUUCCAGUCUUAG